AAUGAUUUUAGUUGAAUAUAAAGGUGAAAAAAAGUCUUUCGCGCCCGAAGAAAUCAGUAGUAUGGUUUUAGUUAAAUUAAAAGAGAUCGCUGAGAAAUAUCUUGGUGCUAAAGUUAGUAAGGCGGUUAUUACAGUUCCCGCGCAUUUUAAUGAUAGUCAGAGGCAGGCUACACGGACCGCGGGGUCUAUAGCGGGGUUAGAAGUUUUAAGAAUUACUAACGAGCCCACAGCCGCGGCGCUAGCUUACGGUUUAGACCGAAGAGGUGACAAAAACGUGCUUAUUUACGACUUAGGUGGUGGCACAUUCGACGUUUCAAUUCUAUCUAUAAACGGCUCUGUGUAUGAAGUGAAAGCCACUGCGGGUAACACUCGACUCGGCGGUGAAGACUUUGACAAUCGUCUAGUCGCGUAUUUCGCUGAAGAUUUUCGUAAAAAGUAUCAUAUUGAUAUUCUAGGUAACGCAAAAGCGUUGAGGAGGUUAAAAACAGCAGCGGAACGAGCAAAAAGGUUUUUAACAUCUUACAGUGAGGCCACGGUACAAGUAGAAGCAUUGUGUGAUGGGAUUGACUACAUAGGAAGGAUUUCCAGAGCUCUCUUCGAAGAAUUAUGCUCAGAUUUGUUCAGAGACACGUUGGGGCCAAUUGAAAAAGCUUUAACAGAUGCAAGACUUAAGAAAUCUGAUAUCCAGAAGAUUAUUUUAGUAGGAGGCAGUACUAGAAUACCAAAGAUUCAAAGUAUGUUGAAAGAAUUCUUUGACGGAAAGAAUUUGACAACUAGUUUGAAUCCUGAUGAGGCUGUGGCGUGUGGGGCUGCUAUUCAAGCCGCCAUUUUGAACGGCCAGCGACAUGAAAAAAUAAGAGACCUAUUGCUAGUCGACGUUGUACCUCUUUCCCUAGGAGUAGAGACAGCUAGAGGGAUGAUGUUUAAAGUAGUAGAAAGAAACACUCCAAUACCAUGCCAGAAAACCAAAGAAAUUACUACAUUAGAAGACUAUCAGAAUCGCAUGACAAUCGAAAUUUUUGAAGGUGAAAGAAGCUUAACAAAAGACAAUAAUUUGUUAGGAGUUAUAGAAUUGACUGGUAUACCGCCUGCACCAAGAGGCGUAGCCAAAAUAGAUGUCACUUUUGACAUAAAUGCUAAUGGAAUUCUCAGCGUUUUUGCUCGAGAUCGAAGCACGGGACAUACAGAGAGUGUUAUCAUAAGAAACGAGCACAGACUUAACCAGAUGCAAAUAGGACAGAUGAUAUCCGACGCUGCAACUUACAAAGAAAAUGAUAUCGAAAGCAAACGGCGUUUGGAAGUUAGGAAUCAGCUAGAAUCGUAUAUUUACGAAGUAAAAAGGAAUAUAGCAGAAAAAGGAGAAUUAUUAACAGAGAAAGAGAAAGAGUUUAUGAACAGAGAAACGGAGAAUGCAAUUGAAUGGCUGGAUUUGAACAUGGAUUGUGUUAGAGAAGAAUUUGAGAGACAGAUGACAGAGUUAAUGAGAAAAUGGUCGGGAGUUAUGAGAAAGAUAUAUAACCAGCCUUGGAUGCAUCGAGCGAAGCGGCAGAGAAGUGAGACUUAUGAGGAGUUGGAAGACCACGGAAGUACCACCAUAGAAGAGGUGCAGGAUAAUGAGGAAUGAAGAGGAAUAAGCUUUAAGGAAUC